GAGGAAGGGAAUGAGGGAGUGUGAGUGUUCAGUCUGUGAGUGUUCAUCAGUGCUGCAGGAUCUCACAGCAGCGCUGCGUCUCUGCAGCAGGACGACAAACACACGGCCAAAAAAACACACAGAAGGAAAAGCAGAUGCCUCGGUGAGACUCACCAUGGCCGGAUGUACCAGCCGCUGUAGACAGGGAGUCGUGAAGCUCUUCCAGUCCUUCCACAGACUCGUCUCAGGGACUCUUACAAAAGAUAAAGUGGACGAUGAGUUGGAGAUUACAAUGGUGUGUCAUCGGCCUGAAGGACUUGAUCAGCUAGAGGCGCAAACAAAUUUCAACAAGCAGGAGCUGCAAGUCCUUUACCGAGGCUUUAAAAACGAGUGUCCGAGUGGAGUAGUGAACGAAGAGACAUUUAAGCACAUCUACGCCCAGUUCUUCCCUCAUGGAGAUGCCACCACAUAUGCGCACUACCUGUUUAAUGCGUUUGACACAACGAAUAACGGCUCCAUAAAGUUUGAGGAGUUUGUGAUGGGUCUGUCCAUUCUCCUGAGGGGAUCAGUCCAAGAAAAACUGGAGUGGACUUUUCAUCUGUAUGAUAUCAAUCGAGACGGAUUCAUCAACAAAGAAGAGAUGACAGAGAUCGUACAGGCCAUUUACGAUAUGAUGGGGAAGUACACGUAUCCUGCUCUGAAAGGAGACGUGCCUAAGCAGCACGUUGAUGCUUUCUUCCAGAAAAUGGACAAGAACAAAGAUGGUGUUGUGACGUUGGAAGAGUUUGUCCUGGCAUGCCAAGAAGAUGAAACCAUGAUGAGAUCCAUGCAGCUAUUUGAAAAUGUUAUGUAAGAAAAAAAAGCACAGAGAGCGAAAAAGAGAGAGUGUGUAUGGCUGAAAGAGAAAGUCAAGGAGAUGAAGAAAAAUAAAUUAUUUUAGUAUAUGAAAUGCUUUAUGAAAUGUUUACAUGUGAGCAUAUCUUGUGUAUAUGGAUGUGUAUGGAUCAACACUCCCGCUCGCAAUGCAAACUAAUCAUCUGCAAGUGAACACUAUCACAGUGAGCAGCCUAUGAAGAUUAUGUACUGUAUCAUAUCCUGAAUGAAGGCUAAUAAUCAGACAGACACAGUGGACUCCCUACUGACCUAGGGAAGGUUUGCAAGCGUAUGAACCUUUACCUUGCCGCUCUUUACCGCUCUACACAUUAGCCGUAUGCUAACAAAGUGACCAUUUCAGACUUAGUGGAACGUUUUUUAUUUGUUAUUUAUUUUUUUUUUUUAAUUAAAUAAUCAGUUCAGAUGUCUCCUAGUGCUGCUUCUUGCUUUAUACUUCUACAUUCAGGAUUUUGGAGCUACAACUCGAGGACUCCAUCUAUCAGUGAAGGACCUAAACUGCAUCUAAAACACAGUGACAAUGUUUGCUGAGAGAUUUGCAUGUUUUAAUCUUAAGUUACUUGAAUAUUGCCCGAUGUAAUAUAAUAUACAAGUCUGAUAUGUUGAUUUAUGUAUUAAAUGGUUGAAUGUUUUAUUCAUUACAGAUGGAA